GCGUUGUUUCCGAAAUUUCGGAGUAGCUCUCUGUUAUUUGUGAGAAUGUGCAUUGUUGGAAACAAGAAGGGAAACCGAGCAUUGAAGGAGAUAGGAACCUUUAUGAUGACUACAUGUUUCAUUGCUAAUUACCAAUCCGUUCAAGUUUGUCAGGCAGAAUAUUUCAGACAGUUGCUUAAACCUUUAGUAACCGAGCAGCUAGAAGCUUACACAGAGGCAAAAUCUAGUUGCAGAGAACUAAGCAGCUCGCAGUUUAGGACUUCGUUUUUUUUUCUUCUCCCUUUGCCUUUGCACGGGUUCUUGAUGCAGAGAGAUCAGUUUCCUCACUUUUCUGACGAAAUGGGUGAUGGAAAUAUGAACCACCCGUAUGCAUCAGCGUCAUCCUUUGAUGCUUUGUUCCCACCAUGUGCCAAGUUGCCAUACCAUGGUGUUGAACUUCAACCAUCUCCGGUCUGUCCAAAGAACUUUGUCAUCUUCGACCAAAACUACGACCGUAGCCAAGUGAUGUACCAUCCUGAGCUGACUCACAAGCUCAUGAACUCACCGACGUUGAACGGAUUUGCUUCUACGUUCCAUAACGAGUACGUUGGGGGAAGUUAUGGUAACUUUGGGCAAGAAGUGUCCUCUUCUCACCAAGAGGAUCCGAAUGAGAUCGAUGCUCUCUUGAGCACAGAUGAAGAUUACGAAGACGAUGAUGAUGAUGAAAACGAGGAUGGUGGCGACUCAGAAGAGGUCAGCACAGCUCGUAACUCUUCCAGGGAAUAUGGAAACACGUCGGCUGAGUCUUGUUGCUCCAGCUAUGGAUAUAAGAGCUCAAGGAAGCAGAGUUUAUCGGGAAGCGCUAGUUGCAACAACGAUGGGAAAGGACGGAAGAAGAUGAAGAAGAUGAUGGGGGUGUUGAGGAGAAUCGUCCCUGGAGGAGAGCAGAUGAACACAGCUUGCGUUCUUGAUGAAGCUGUUCAGUAUCUCAAGUCGCUUAAACUCGAAGCUCAGAAGCUUGGCGUUGGACAUUUCUCAAACCAAUCUUGA